CACACCCCCGUCGUCGUCCUCCUCCUGCCUCUGAGAUGACGCCCAUCGCCCGUCAAGAAGUUCUUGGCCUUUAUCGCAAGAUAUUUCGCAUCGCCAGAAAAUGGCAAUCGGCAUCGGGCCAGAUGGAAGAGACCAUCAAAGAAAAACAGUACAUUAUAAAUGAAGCAAAAACGUUAUUCCAAAAGAAUAAAAAUUUAACAGAUCCGAAGCUGAUUAAAGAAUGUAUAGACGAAUGCACAGCGAGGAUAGAGAUAGGACUUCACUAUCACAUCCCGUAUCCAAGGCCUACUCAUCUGCCUCCCAUGGGUCUCGCACAGCAGCACGGCCGUACGUUUCGACAUCAAGAGAAGCUGAGGAAGCUUUCCAAGCCAGUCUACUUGAAAUCCCACGAUGAAAUUUCAUAAUCAAGACUGUUGCCUGUGUCAUCCUGGACUGCUUGGCAGAUUCCUUUCAUGCAUAAAUGAAACUGGUGUGGUUUGCACUUGCUGACAUCGCCCCCAAGGCCGGAGGCCCACUUGAUCCUGAGAAGGCGAUGAGUAAGGAUACAAUCAAACUGUCUUGUAUUUAUUAAGAGUCAGCAGAUGACUCACCAAUAAAAGUCAGAUGAUUUAUGAUAGGAAA